UCAGCGCGGGCGCAUUACUGGCUGUAACGAAAAGUGAAUGUUUCAAACUUCUUGAAUUCUCGAUCUGACAGUUCUUGACGGACUGUUGCUGAUUGGACCGCCGAAGACCGAAGAAACGUUCAAUACGCGAUGACCGGAUUGUAACCUAAUUUGUUUACGAAAAUGCGACAUAAAAAAUAGCGCGAGUGCAAUAGUUCACAGUGAAUUUUUUUAAAUAUCGUAGUGUAGUUUUGGUUUUCCUCACGUUGUCGCAUCUUGGAGAAAGGAAGGAUAUUCUUCACCAAAAUGGCGAGUGGAUUGCGACCCGAUCCCUACAGCGACGAUAACCUUUCAGACGAUGAAAGCUCGCCUUUGACUGAAAAUAUUUAUGGAGGAAGCACAAGAACCGUUCAAGAAACGAAAGGAUGGGACGUCUUCAGGGACCCUCCAAGCAAGGAGGUUUCGAGCUCUAUGGCCGACCAAAAAUGUUUAGAACUGACAGUAAAAAUUCUCAAAGUUGUUGCCUACUUAGUGACGUUCGUUAUAGUACUAGUAUCAGGAGUAAUAGCGAAAGGAACUCUUUUAUUCAUGACGUCGCAACUUAAGGCUGAUAAAAUCAUCACAUACUGUAACAGGGAAUUAGGCAGAGAAAAACAAUUUAUAGUUAAGUUACCAACACCAGAACGAGUAGCAUGGAUGUGGUGCAUAUUUUUCGCCUUUACUAUACCUCAGCUUGGGGCUCUAUUCCGAUCUACAAGGAUGUGUUACUUCAAGUCCUCCAAGAGACCUCCAUUUUCCCAUUUUCUGAUUAUUUUUCUAGCAGAAACUGCGCAAACUGUAGGUAUUGCCAUUUUGGUUUUCCACAUACUGCCAGAUAUUGAUGUCGUCAAAGGUGCGAUGUUAACCAACUGCCUUUGCUUUGUACCAGCUGUCUUGGGGUUACUUUCAAGGAAUAACAAGGAAUCUCAACGGUACAUUAAAGUCAUUAUAGAUCUCAUAGCCAUUGCAGCGCAAGCCACUGGCUUUAUUGUGUGGCCAAUCAUGGAGGGGCGAGCAGACUUGUGGAUAAUUCCCGUCGCCAUUUUCAUGAUAUCUGUCGGCUGGUGGGAAAACUACAUUUCUAAGCACUCUCCGUUACCAUUCAUCAAGAGACUGGGGAAGAUAAAAGAAAAUUUCGACCAGACGAGAUACUUCACUUACAUGUUCAUUUCUACCUGGAAAAUUUUGUGUUUUCUAAUCUGUAUCAUGUUUAUACUGCUAGUGAGGGAGGGAGAGAUGGGCUUUUUUUUCACGGAGUUUUCUGAAGGAUUCGGGGCUCAUCCAAUUACUAUAUUAGAGAUCAAACCAGUCCUGGGAGGAACAUCUCUACCAGACAUAUCCGAGAUUUUACCUACAGGAGACGAUACCGUUGUUCAAUCCAGUGAUAUCACCCCAAUCUACGUUCUAAUGAUCAACGUACUUGCCUCCUACCUAACCUACAUUUUCGGCAAGUUCGCCUGUAAAAUCAUGAUCCAGGGAUUUUCGUACGCAUUCCCCGUUAAUCUAACUAUUCCAGUUUCCGUUUCUCUUCUGAUAACAGCUUGUGGAUUAAGGAAUGGCGAUCCAUGUUUCUUCCAUGACACGAUUCCUGAUUAUCUAUUUUUUGAGUCACCUUCUGCCGCAUUUCUCAACGAUUUUAUUCAUCACCAGCAUGCUUGGGUUUGGUUGUUGUGGUUGCUGUCUCAGACUUGGGUGAUGAUACACAUCUGGACACCAAAAUGUGAGCGUCUCGCUAGCACUGAGAAGUUACAAGUUGUGCCCUUGUAUGAUGGUCUUCUUAUCGAUCAGAGCAUGGGACUCAAUAGACGCAGGGAUGACGAAGCUGAUGUUAAACCAGAAGACUUAGAGGAAAUACAAAAAGAAAAAGCAGACGAAUACUACGAAACUAUAUCCAACCACACUGAUGGAUCAUCUCCGAAGAAUGUAAAGAACUCUGACCAUAUUACCAGAAUUUACGCUUGUGCUACUAUGUGGCAUGAAAACAAAGAAGAAAUGAUAGAGUUUUUGAAGUCCAUUUUAAGGUUAGACGAAGAUCAGUCGGCCAGGAGAGUAGCACAAAAAUAUUUGAGAGUCGUGGAUCCAGAUUAUUACGAAUUUGAAACCCAUAUUUUCUUUGACGACGCCUUCGAAAUUUCCGAUCACAACGACGAUGAUACUCAAGUAAACCGCUUCGUUAAGCUUCUUGUAGCUACUAUCGAUGAAGCAGCUUCUGACGUGCAUCAAACCCACAUUCGUGUACGGCCUCCUAAGAAAAUUCCGACCCCAUAUGGUGGUAGGUUGAUCUGGCAGUUACCUGGAAAAACUAAGAUGAUUGCUCACUUGAAGGAUAAGAUGAAAAUAAGACACAGGAAAAGAUGGUCCCAGGUGAUGUAUAUGUACUACCUUCUGGGACACCGACUCAUGGAACUACCUAUUUCCGUUGACAGAAAGGCAACCAUUGCUGAAAAUACCUAUUUAUUGACCCUGGAUGGGGACAUCGAUUUUCAACCGUCUGCCGUAUUGCUGCUCAUAGAUUUGAUGAAGAAAAAUAAAAACCUAGGGGCUGCUUGUGGCCGUAUCCACCCAGUGGGAUCAGGUCCUAUGGUAUGGUACCAACUUUUCGAAUAUGCAAUUGGUCAUUGGCUGCAAAAAGCUACUGAACACGUUAUUGGCUGUGUGCUUUGUAGCCCAGGUUGUUUUUCUCUCUUCAGAGGAAAAUCACUGAUGGACGACAAUGUAAUGAAAAAAUAUACCACAAGUUCUGCCGAAGCGAAACACUACGUCCAAUACGAUCAAGGAGAAGAUCGUUGGUUGUGCACAUUGCUCCUCCAAAGAGGAUACAGAGUGGAGUACUCAGCUGCUUCAGAUGCCUACACCCACGCUCCAGAAGGUUUCAACGAAUUUUUCAACCAGCGGCGUAGAUGGGUACCAUCAACUAUUGCCAACAUCAUGGAUCUACUUAUGGCGUCCAAGAAAACCAUCGAAGUCAACGACAACAUCUCAAUGCCUUAUAUUGGAUACCAGAUUCUUCUCAUGGGCGGUACCAUCUUAGGACCCGGUACUAUAUUCCUUAUGUUGGUGGGGGCGUUUGUAGCGGCGUUUCAGAUUGACAAUUGGACUAGUUUUUAUUAUAACAUUUACCCGAUUUUGUUCUUCAUGUUAGUUUGUUUCACUUGCAAAUCAAAUCUACAGUUACUGGCCGCCCAAAUUCUAUCCACUGGCUAUGCCUUGAUCAUGAUGGCUGUGAUUGUUGGUACAGCACUUCAGUUACGUGAGGACGGUGUUGGCUCUCCAUCGGCCAUUUUCUUAAUAGCUAUGACUGGAUCUUUCUUCAUUGCUGCUUGUUUGCAUCCACAAGAAUUUUGGUGUAUCGUACCAGGCAUUAUUUAUCUGUUAUCCAUACCUUCUAUGUACUUGCUGUUAAUUCUAUAUUCGAUUAUUAAUCUAAACAAUGUAUCCUGGGGUACAAGAGAAGUCGCAGUCAAAAAAACGAAAAAGGAAAUUGAAGAGGAGAAAAAAGCAGCAGAAGCAGCCAAGAAACAAGCAAAAUCAAAAUCGCUACUCGGUUUCCUACAAAGUGGAGGUACCAAUGACGAUGACGAAGGCAGUAUCGAAAUAUCCUUAGCGGGGCUCUUUAGAUGUAUGCUGUGUACACAUCAAAAAGCUGGUGAUGAAAAGGCACAACUUAUGCACAUUGCUGACUCUUUGGACAGCCUAGCCAAAAGGCUGGAUCACAUUGAAAAAGUUGUAGAUCCUGCAGGUCACCAUUCAAGAAAGAGGAGUAUGUCGGCAUCAUCUCGACAUGGUGGCGAACCCUUAUUGAAAACUGUCAGCGAGGAGGAAGAACAGAGAGAAUCGAGCGAAUCAGAUGACGAUACUAUUUCUGUGACACCAAGAAAUAAGAGAGACGAUUUGGUGAACCCCUAUUGGAUUGAGGAUCCUGACGUUGGCAAGGGAGAAGUCGAAUAUUUGAAUAGUAACGAGUUACAGUUCUGGAAAGAUUUGUUAGCAAAAUAUCUAUAUCCUCUUGAUGAAAAUAAGGAAGAGAAGGCCCGUAUAGCUGCAGAUCUCAAGGAAUUGCGUGACCAAUCAGUCUUUGCUUUCUUUAUGAUGAAUGCCCUCUUCGUUUUAAUAGUAUUCUUGCUGACAUUGAAAAAAGACAACCUCCACAUAAAGUGGCCCUUUGGAGUUCGAACUAACAUUACCUACGACGAGAGUACACAAGAGGAUAGGAUAGCGAAAGAUUUGAUUGAACUGCGGAACAAGUCGGUUUUCGCUUUCAUCAUGUUUAAUGCUUUGUUCGUCUUAGUGGUAUUUCUUCUUCAACUCAAUAAGGAUCAGAUCCACGUUAAGUGGCCGUUAGGAGUUAGAACUAAUAUUACAUAUAUUGAGGAGACUUCCGAGGUUCAUAUCUCAAAGGAAUACCUGCAGCUGGAACCUAUUGGUUUAGUAUUUGUAUUCUUCUUCGCACUCAUCUUGGUCAUCCAGUUUGUUGCUAUGUUGUUCCAUCGAUUUGGAACCAUAGCUCACAUCUUGGCCUCGACUGAGCUCAACUGGUCAUGCACUAAAAAGAAAGAGGAAAUGUCUCCCAAUGCGCUGUUAGAUAAGCAGGCAGUGGAGAUUGUCAAGCAGUUGCAGAGGCUGCAAGGCAUUGAUGGUGACUACGAUAAUGAUUCAGGAUCUGGUCCAGAUAGAAUUGGAAGGAGAAAAACAAUACACAAUCUGGAAAAAGCAGCCCAGAAGAAGAGACAAAUCGGAACUUUGGAUGUGGCGUUUAAAAAGAGAUUUGCAAAGCUCAAUGCCAAUCCUGAAGGAGGAUCUCCGGUUCUUAGUAGGCGCAUGACGAUGAGACGUGAAACGAUGAAGGCUCUUGAGGUACGAAUCAACUCGGUUAUGGCAGAACGUAGGAAAUCCCAUAUGCAAACCCUAGGAGCUAAGAACGAAUUCAACACCAACAAUAACGUCCAACGAAACCAUCGGAACAGUGUAGCCAGCAGUAUACCUGCGAAAGAUGUUUUCGAAAACGGACAUGUCAACAAGGCCUUCGAAGAAGAAAUUUACGGAAGCCGAAAUUCUUUGCCCAUGCAUUCUAGGUCUAAUAAUGUCACUUGGAUGGGAACAAAUAAUCGACUGUGAUUGAAACUGGAAAAAUGCAAAUGGAUUUUCAAAUAAAUAUUUUUCAGGAGAUUUUCAAAAACAGAAACCUUAUGAAUCAGGAGUAUGUGAAAAAAGUAAAAAUAAAAAACAUUUAUUACAUUUUCAAUAGAUACUUUCAAUUAUUGAUAUAAUUAGAAAGCAUUGAUUGAAUUUGUAACCCAAGAAGCAAAAAUAAUUGGCUAGUGAUUUAUUAGAACUAGUAUAGCAAUAAUAGAUUUUUACAAUAUUGAAUAUAUGAACAUUACCAAUAAAAACUGUAAUUGAAAGAAGGAGCCAAUCAGAUACCCAGUGAUCACUACUUGAUUUUUUUUAAAUCAUAGGUAACUGUAGGACUAUCACUUUACAUUAAAUACUCUACAAAAUACUCAUUUUUUAUAUCUCAACCACUGCCUGUCUAUGGUGAACAUUAUGGUUCUGUAAAUACUCCAUUUUAUGCCAACAUUUUUUAUAUAAGACUUAACUAUUUGUCAGCUCAACUUUUUAGGAGUAAAGACAUUUUUGUACUUUUUAGGUUUUUAAGACAUAUUUAUAUUUUUUACAUUAAGAUUAUGUGAUAUACAAUAGAUAAUUUGUAUAUAAA